CGCAACAACGAUCCGAGGUUUGUCCAAAUGGAGAUGCCGUACAUUUGACGUCGUAACUGCACUUCCGCAUACGUUUUGGUACGCAACCACAUGCUCGUCACUCAAUAAUUCUUCCUAAAUUAGUACUGACUUACCACACUGAAUCCUCGACAGAGUACGUUGAUCAUUGUUUUGCUGGACAUAAACAUCAUUUUUGUAAGUCUUCGUGUCCGGUUAAACUCGUCUCGGCGCACGUCGAAGCUUCUCGGCCUUUCUUAGCUGAGCUUAGUUUAGCUUAGCGUAGCUUAGAUUGCUAGCUAAAGGGGACGCCUUUGUUAUCAACACAUCGCUCAGCAGAGAUCAAGUAUAAAAGUGUUGUCAUCAUCUUGUGGGGAGGGGGAAAAAAUGUGUGCACGAACCAAAGUAAAGUACGAGGAGGAACUUUGUGCGACAAAAGAGGAGAACGAGCGACAACGUCAACGACUGGACGCUGUUUUGAAGAAUCCUCGUGUUGUGUUACACAGAGCAGACGCCAGUGUAAAAAAUCUUCGUCCUGACCAGCAGGGGCCCGAGUUCCCUGACAUUAAAGAGGAGGACGAAGAGCCCCAUCACGUCAAAAAGGAGGAGCAGCUGCUCUGCAUCAAAGAGGAGGAGGAUAUCGCAGAGUUGCCAGUGACUGGUGUCCUUUUGAAGAGCGAAGACGAAGGUCAAUAUGAGGGGAACGGAGGGGCGGAGCCUCCCAGCAGCAGCUCAAGUCAACACAUGAGAACAGAAGGGGAUGGAGACCACUGUGGCCUCCUCGCUCCAAUAUCAGAUAGUGACGACUUAACAUCACACUCAUCUGAUCACAAUGAUGAUGAUGAAGAUGAUGAAGAACAGUCUGAAGGUGAUGUGACACGUCACACUGGGAAAAAACGCUGGAAAUGUUCUCAGUGUAAGAAAACGUUUUCCUCCAAGUCUGUUUUGAAAAAACACACAAUAGUCCACACUGGAGAGAAACCUUUUACCUGCUCAUUUUGCGGUCAAAGAUUCUCUCAGAAAGUGAACUUAAAAAUACACACAAGAACCCACACUGGUGAGAAACCCUUUGUCUGCUCAUUUUGCGGUCAAAGAUUCUCUCAGAAGGUGAACUUAAAAAUACACACAAGAACACACACUGGUGAGAAACCUUUUGCGUGCUUGAUUUGCGGUCAAUCUUUCUCGAUUAAGGCAAAGUUAACAAGGCACACAAGAACCCACACUGGUGAGAAACCUUUUGCCUGCUCAAUUUGCGGCCACAGAUUCUGUCAGAAGGAAUACUUGAAAACACACACAAGAACACACACUGGCGAGAAACCUUUUGCCUGCACAGUUUGUGGUCAAACAUUCUUUCAGAAGGUAAACUUAAAAAUACACACAAGAACACACACCGGUGAAAGACCUUUUGCCUGCACAGUUUGUGGUCGACGAUUCUCUCACAAGCAAACCUUAAAAAUACACACAAGAACACACACUGGCGAGAAACCUUUUGUCUGCUCAGUGUGUGGCCAAAGAUUGUCUUCAAAGGAAUGCUUGAGAAGACACACAAGAAUGCACACUGGAGAAAAACCCUUUGCAUGCUCAGUCUGUGAGCAGAGAUUCUCUCGUAACGAUCAGCUUAAGAGACACAAGUGUGCUGGGAAGAAGAGCGGCGACCGGUGAAGCUUCAAAUGAAAAUUGGCAUGGUUGGAGACAAAUUUGAAAUACUCUACACUUGCAUUCUUGCCUACUGUGGACAGUUGUUGAGUAUUAACACUCGUGCUUGAUAACGAAAUGUAUCAGGUUUGACCGAUGUUUUUGUGAAGCCCAUAUCGAGUAAGCGAAUGAUUGAUUGAAAUUGCCCUCUUUGUUGUAAGAUCGAAAACGAUGAUAGUUAGUCAGUUAACUUUUAUAUCAAUAUAUCAUAUCAAAAUGUCCCCAAUUGAAAUGCCAUUAAUUCCCCCCCC